CAUAGAAUUUCUCCCUCGCGCAUUCUUUCGUAGUUCGUUGUCGUUUCGGAUAUUAAGUUUAGCUCUGUUAUCUGUGUUUUUAAAGAAGUUAUUUAUUUAUUUAUUUUUUUCAAAUAUUUAUUGCAAAUUGUGCCAGCUAAUCGAUCGUUACAUAUCGCUAUAUUUAUUUAUUUUUUGUUCGAAAUCCAAUAUUGUCUUGGAUUUUAAUUUAAGCUGCAGAAAAAAAUUAUCUCUCUAACUCAUCGAUUUGGUGAUUGCUACUAGAAAAGCGUUCAAGAAACGAUCUUUUGAAAAUUUUAACGUUUUUUUUUGUCAACAUCGAAUUUCAUUAUAAACGUUCGGUUUUUGUGAGUGAUAAAAGAAAGUUCAAAACGAACUAAAAGUAGAAGAAAAUACGAUCGUAAGCGAAAAAAGAAGCAGUGCUCGCAUAGUUUUUUUGUGAACACAGUACAUGGCCAUGCAUUCAUUCAACAUUACUUCGUCAAUACAUUUUCUGUUCCGUUUAGCUGACCGCAUUUCUUCUCUUAAUUGUUGAACAUUCUGUUUUUUGGUGAUCGAUCGCGAACCAUCGAUUUAAAUAUUUUUGAAUGAUUUAUUUUCAUUUUACACGGUAUAAACCGCUCCAAACAGACAAUCUAACAUACAAAAGAAACGCGAACCAAUUAUCGAUAUUUUCGUCCAUUUGACUUCGAAUUGGAUUAUAUUUUUUUUUAUUUAUAAUUGAGCAGACUGAAAGUUCACUGUAACAUCUUUCUUGCAAAAAAAAAGAGAAAAACAAGAACAACAAGAAGAUAAAACAAAAGUAAGAAAAGAGUAAUAAUUGGGCAAACCUUUUCUCUUAUCUUCGUUUGACUUGCGAUUGAACUGCUAUGCAAAUUGGAUUCCAAGCAGAAAAUUGAGCGGCGAAAUAAAGGCAGCUUGUAAACGACGUAAAAAUACCCUAAUAACAAUCUCAGCAGUCAAAAACAAGAACGAAAACCAGUAAAAGAAAAUUUAUUGAAUCAAAAAUUAACAUAUAUAUAACAUAUAAUUUCGGUAUCGAACAAUAUGUGGAAAGUGAUCUUGUUCAGUGUGGCCUUUUCUUCACUACAUCUGACUCAUGGCCAAGGACUUACAUCGCAGCCAAUUCAAACACCGUCCUGGCAAGUUGGUACAUAUAACGGUAGCUCUAUACGCGAUUCAAAAGCCGUGACACCACCACCAUCUAGUUGCCCACGGACAUGUCCUGUAUUAACAACACCUCAGGAACCCGUAUGCGGUUCAGAUGGUUUAAUAUAUGCCAAUUCAUGUGAAUUGAAGAAAAAAACGUGCAUCCGAAAUGGUGCUGCAAACGUACAGGAAACACCAAAUGGUUGCGAACGUGCUACCGGUUCCGCAUGCAUACAUCGUUGUCCAACGGAUAAAGAUCACGUAUGUGGUACAGAUGGUCGUACUUACUUAAACAGAUGUAUGCUUCGUGUACAAGCGUGCCGAGUAGGUUUGGCAGCUGUAAAAUUAGCACAUCAAGGACCUUGUAGCAAUACAAGUGCCAUUCGUGAAUCUUGUCCGGUUGAUUGUAACAGCGCUCCACAUGAUGGACCCACAUGUGGAAGCGAUGGGAACGUGUACAAUUCAACUUGUGAAAUGAAAUUAAUGACUUGUGGUCAAGGUGUUGUGCGAACUAAUCGCAAACAUUGUCAGAGUACACGAAUGUGUAGAGAAUCAUGUUGGAGGGUGGCUCGACCCACUUGUGGUUCAGACGGCCGAAUCUAUGCGUCGGCAUGCAAAAUGCGGUCAACAAACUGUGGUAAGCACAUUUUUGAGGUGCCUAUGUCUUAUUGUAUGAUGCAGGAGCAACGAACCGCAAACAUAGGCGGCAAUCAAGCAAUGGUGGAUUGUCCAACGGACUGUGCAAAAGUUUCACAGCAGCUUGUUUGUGGGAGCGACGGUAAUAUUUACAGUUCAUUAUGUGAGCUAAAAAUGUUGAAUUGUGGAACUCCAAAGAAAUCCAUUCAAUCGGUACCGAUGGAACGUUGUAAAUCACGUUUGGCCAAAUGCAAAAAACUAGCUGCCUGUAAUAAAGAACGUUAUGCUGGCCUCAUCAAGUCAUCGAAAAAUGAUUACCUGUGCGGAACUGAUUCAAAAACUUAUAAAUCUGAAUGUGAUUUGGCCCAAGCAAACUGUUUACGCAACGUGAAUUUGGCUCACAUUGGUGCUUGUACGAAGCUUAAAACCAACAUUUACCAAUGCAAUGAAAAAUGCACUGACUCUGACAGCUCUACGGGACCAAUAUGCGCGUCCGAUGGAAAUGUAUAUCGGACAUUGUGUGAAAUGAAAGAGAAAACAUGUAGCAGUCGCGUAGUUCCCGUUUCAUUGAAAAAUUGUGCAACUACUGCCUACUGCAAUGGUGACUGCGAUGCAGAAGCUACAUCAUUUGUUUGUGCUUCCGACAAUAAAUUUUAUCGAAAUGAAUGCCAUAUGCGUAAAGAAAACUGUGGUAAGCACAUGUUCGUCAUACCGAUGAAACGUUGUUUAGCUGCAUUCAAUUUCAAAGGAUGCAAUCGAAUGUGUCCAAAGGACUUUGAACCCGUCUGUGGCUCCGAUGACAAAACAUAUUCCAACGAAUGCUUUUUGAGUAUAGAAAAUUGUCGAUCGCGAAAUGUGGUACAAUUAAAACAUUACGGAACUUGUACGAAACCAGAAACACCCGCACAAAACUAUUUAUACUAAUUUAUAAUGUCAAGCAAACGACAGAAAAUAAAACAUGAAUAUGAAAAAAAAAAUGGAUACUUUCUUCGAUAGGAAUCUCGUUGCAACAAAAAUUCCAGUGGCUAAAUCAUACUAAAUAAAAUUAUUCGUUUUGUCGAAGAGGAAAAAUAUAAAAUGAAAUUCAGAAACUAUUCGUUCAAUCAUUGACUGAUUUAAUUGGCUCGAAAAAUCUGGGAUUUUUUGUACAAAAAU